CACGGCUUAGUAAGUCUCUCUUCUCAGUGGAAUUCGAAGAUGCUUGAGUACGUAGAAAUGGUACAAUGGCAGUUUAGUGAAGCACCCACAGUUGAGCUUCACAGUUGCAAAAAACGUUGGAAUAAAAUUGUUUGGAUAAUAUGCAUCAGUUCAAACACAGUUCACUGGCACUACUGCUACUCACCCUAUGGCUCUUUGGAAAUAAGUGUAAGAUCGCUGGAGCACAAAAUAACCUUCGAACUGAAGUAAGAACAUGUACUCAGGUCAAACGACAAAUAUUCGAAGAGGUGAAAACUUUUAGUGCUUUUAUACAUGGAGCCCAAGAAUUGAAAUUUACUGUAGAUAAUUGUAAACCAUACGCUCCGCUAAUAGUUGGGGGAAGUCCAGCGAGUCCUAAAGAGUUUCCGCACAUUGCACGAUUAGGUCACGCCAGUAUUAAUAAGCCAACAGAAUGGUUUUGUGGAGGUACUCUCAUAAGUGAGAGAUUUGUUUUGACUGCAGCGCAUUGUUUCUCAACAAACCGUGGCGAAGUAAACAUUGUGCGGUUAGGAGAUUUGGACUUUGGCAGAGAAUCGGAUGAUGCACGGCCAGAGGACUUCCGUGUUCGACGCUACAUAGAGCAUAAUGAAUAUAACAGUGCAACAAUCUACAAUGACAUAGCACUCGUUGAACUGGAACGAUCUGUAACUUUUGACGCAUAUAAACAUCCUGCAUGUUUGCCCACCAAUUCUGGAGACGAGUUUCAAAAAUUAGUGGCCAUUGGUUGGGGGAGCACACGUUUCGCCGAUUCUGAUUCGAAAAAACUUCUAAAAGUAACCCUCAAUCGGCUGGGCUUCGAUCAAUGUCAACGUCUUAUCGCGUUUUCGGAUGUGGAUCAACUCCCCAGGGGUGUGGAGAAUCGUUUGCAAAUAUGUGCUGGUUCGAAUGAAGCAAAAGAUACUUGCAGCGGUGAUUCAGGCGGUCCAUUAUUAGCAUACCAUCCAGAUUAUCCAUGUAUGUACACCGUGAUUGGCAUAACAUCAUACGGAAUUGGCUGUGGUAUACCCGGACAACCGGGUAUUUAUACCCGAGUGUAUAGCUACAUUGAUUGGAUACGGAUUAAUGUUUGGCAACAAAGAUAGAAUAAACUUGCUUACACAUAAGUUACCGAACAAUUUAAAAAAAUAGAAAUAGCCUCAUAAUUGCAUGUAUAUAAAUAUAUACUCAUUCUAACGUAAGUAGAAAUUUUAAAUUUAUUUGGUGUAUCAAUAACUUAUCUACAACAGCUUAAAAGGAGGAUUGAAGUUAAUAAGAACUCAAGUGAAAUAAACAUCUAUUUUUGCUUAUCCAUUCACUUCCAAAAA